CUAGGUGCUGGUGAAUCUGGGAAAAGUACAAUUGUGAAGCAAAUGAAAAUCAUCCAUGAGGCUGGUUACUCAGAAGAAGAGUGUAAACAGUACAAGGCAGUGGUCUACAGUAACACCAUCCAGUCCAUCAUCGCCAUCAUCAGGGCCAUGGGGAGGUUGAAGAUAGACUUUGGAGACUCUGCUCGGGCGGAUGAUGCUCGUCAACUCUUUGUGCUUGCUGGGGCUGCAGAAGAAGGCUUUAUGACUGCAGAGCUUGCUGGAGUCAUAAAGAGAUUGUGGAAAGACAGUGGUGUGCAAGCCUGCUUCAACAGAUCCAGAGAGUACCAGCUCAAUGAUUCUGCAGCGUAUUAUUUAAAUGACUUGGACAGAAUAGCACAACCAAAUUACAUCCCAACUCAGCAGGAUGUUCUUCGAACCAGGGUGAAAACAACAGGAAUUGUGGAAACUCAUUUUACUUUCAAAGAUCUUCAUUUUAAAAUGUUCGAUGUGGGUGGUCAAAGGUCAGAGCGGAAGAAAUGGAUUCACUGCUUUGAAGGAGUGACCGCCAUCAUCUUCUGUGUGGCCCUGAGUGACUAUGACCUGGUUCUCGCUGAAGAUGAAGAAAUGAAUCGAAUGCAUGAAAGCAUGAAGUUGUUCGACAGCAUAUGUAACAACAAGUGGUUUACAGACACAUCUAUUAUACUUUUUCUAAACAAGAAGGACCUCUUUGAAGAAAAAAUCAAAAAGAGUCCCCUCACGAUAUGCUACCCAGAAUAUGCAGGAUCGAACACAUAUGAAGAGGCAGCUGCGUAUAUCCAGUGUCAGUUUGAAGACCUCAACAAAAGAAAGGACACAAAGGAGAUAUACACCCACUUCACCUGUGCAACAGACACGAAGAACGUGCAGUUUGUGUUUGAUGCUGUAACAGAUGUCAUCAUAAAGAAUAAUCUAAAAGAUUGUGGUCUCUUCUAA